AUGGUUGAACUACGAAAGCGCAAGACACCUCCGCCGGCUCCGGCGCCAGCACCGAAAAAAGAGCGCAAGACAAAGGCAACCAAGGCGAAUGGAAAGCCCGAGACUGUUGCUGAGCCUACCGCCGAGCCUGCUGCGCCAGAGACGAGUGCUGUGCCUGCUGCCGCGUCCGAGCCAGAAACCAAGGCUGCCUCUGGCACACCCAAACCUGGUGACAAGAUUGAUUUUGAUGGCUUCGGCGGUGAGAUUGAGACCAACGACGGUCGCAAAGUCACGCUCAAGACGCUGGUCGACGAGAGCAAAGAAGGCAUUGUGCUUUUCACCUACCCCAAGGCGAGCACACCAGGAUCUGGACUCAGCAUCUACGGUCUGAGUACCGAUUCGCCCAAGGCCAACACGACUUUCAAAGACAAGCAAAAGCUUCCAUACCCUUUGCUGUGUGACCCUUCAGCCUCGCUCAUUGGAGCAAUCGGACUGAAGAAGGCACCCAAGGGCACCACACGUGGAGUUUUUGUUGUCAAGAAAGACGGCGAGGUUCUAGCAGCUGAGCCUGGUGGCCCAGCAGCAACUCUCGAGGUCGUCAAAGGUGUUGUCGCGAAGAUGGGCGGCUCCGGUGUCGGAGAGAAGGCUGAAGCCAGAGCCGCUGAAGCCGAGAAAGAGGAAUCCAAGGGUGCUGGCGAGACUGCAGCAAAGUUGUAG